AUGCUUCUUCCUGAAGAAUCCGAGUGCAACUUGAUUUUUGUUGCCACUGGCACCGGGAUAGCACCAAUCCGCUCAUUGUUGCGACGGCUUUUUCAUGAUCGGGCCGAAGCCAACGAUGGAACGCGGAAGUUUCAAGGGCUGGCCUGGCUUUUCUACGGAGUGCGCGACGCAGUAUCGCGGCUCUAUGACUCUGAGCACAUGGCCUACAAGGCCAAGUUCCCGGAACAUUUCAGAUACAACUGCGCCAUGAGCCGCGAGGGCAAGCUUGGAGAGAGGUAUGUGCACACAGAGAUGAGCCGAUGCAUGGACGAGCUUUGGCAGCUACUGCAGCUGCCCAAUACUCACCUUUACGCGUGCGGCCUUAAGGCGUUGGAAUCCAGCCUCACUGACAGCCUUGCAUCCGCUGCUCGGGACCGCGGCCAGGACUGGCGUGAGAUUCAGAAGGCAAUGCGGACGGACGGGCGUUACCACGUAGAGGUCUAUUGA